AUGGCACCACCAAAGCGAACCCGGCGUGCCGAAAGUGGCCAUGACCGUGAACAGCAGGCUAUGGACCCAGCGGGAGCUCGUUCCUUGAGUUCCAAAAAUGCACCAUCGAGGAAACGAGCACGGAUAUCGCUCGACGGACCGGCACGACAUGCCUCGGCGAAUCAUCACGCCGACGACACAUCGAGCUCGGAUGACGACAACGAAGAUGAGCUGCACCCUCCUGCCUCCCCGCCGCAGACCCAGUACGAGCUCAUGAGAGACGCCGGUUUUGUCCACCUGCAGCACAUCGAGAUGGACGACUGGCACGCCACGCAGAAGCUGAAGCGGAGGCCGACCAACCUCGGCGACAACAUGGUUGCCGAGAGCGGCAUCAUAGAGAGCGUUACCUGUUACAAUUUCAUGUGCCAUGAGCGUCUUCAUGUCGAGCUCGGUCCGCUCAUUAAUUUCAUAGUCGGCGAGAAUGGCAGCGGCAAGAGUGCCGUCUUGACCGCCCUGACUCUUUGUCUCGGCGGCAAGGCCAGUGACACAAAUAGAGGCGGCAGUCUCAAGUCCUUUGUCAAGGAGGGCCGGGAACACGGCAGCCUCGUCGUCAAGAUAAAAAACGCCGGUACCGAUGCCUAUCAACCCGACAUUUACGGCCAGAGCAUCAUCGUCGAACGUCACUUCUCCAAGUCUGGCAGCAGCGGCUUCAAGAUCAAGACCGAGCAUGGUCGCGUCAUUUCCACAAAGAAACAAGAGGUCGACGAGAUAUCGGAAUGGUAUGCCCUGCAGAUGGGUAACCCUUUGACCGUUCUGUCGCAGGACAACGCCCGCCAAUUCCUCAACUCGGCCACGCCGGCGCAAAAGUACAAGUAUUUCGUCUCUGGCGUCCAGCUGGAGCAGUUAGACAACGACUACAAGAUCUCCCAAGACACUCUGGACAAAACUCUGAUUCUUCGCGAUGACCUGGACGAAAAGAUCGGCCAUGUCAAGAAGGAGAUGGAAGAGGCCCAGCGGCUCGCCGAAACGGUGCAAAAGAACCACAGCCUCCGCGAGAAAGCGAGGCAUUACCGGAACCAGUUGGUCUGGUCGCAAGUCGUCGAGCAGGAAAGGGAACUUGACCGUCGCACCAACGACUUGUCCAUCCGAGCCGAGCGCAUCUCGCAGGUCGAAACCGAGCGCGACGAGCUGAGCAAAGCCCUCCUCGAGGCCCAAGAAAAGCUGGAGCGGGCAAAGGCGGAUCGAGAGGCGCUUAGUCAAGCGCCGUUUGAAGAGAAGAUCGCCGCCGCCGAGGCGGCGUUUCAAAAGGCAAAGAAGGAACUAACAGAGAUCCACCGGGAAGAACGAGACGCGCACGGCCGUCUCAAGACAAUACGAACGGAGAUUGAAGCGUCCGAGGCGAAGAUACGGGAAGAGGAACAGCGUCUUCACGAAUCGAGUGGAUCGGCGAGAGUCGAGAAGGAGGCCGAGCUGUCCGAAGCGACGGAGAAGGAGGCGACUGUUCGAGCCCAGAUUACCGAGAAGACUGAACAGAUACCCUUGCUGAACUCGAAGCUGGAAGGGUCGAAGCAAAUGUUGCAGAAGCAGAGGCAACUUCGAGACUUGAAACGGACAGAAUUGUUGUCGGCCCAGCAAGGUGUUCAGGAGCUAGAGCAACGCGCCGGCUCCCCGUACGAUGGUUUUCACCGCGACAUUGUCAACCUAGUCAAAGCAGUGGCAAAAGCCGAAGGCUUCGAUCACAAGCCUCUUGGGCCGCUUGGUGCCCACAUCAAACUGCUCAAGCCCGAGUGGUCUGGCAUCUUGGAGAGAACACUGGGCGACGCUUUGAACGCCUUUGUCGUGAGGAGCAAGCGAGACCAGUCGCGACUUUCCAGCCUCAUGAAGCAGAUUGGCGUCCAGAAGCAGCCUCCGGUCUACAUCGCUUAUGGCGGAGCGAUCGACACGAGGAACCAGGAACCGGGAGAGGAGUUCGACACGAUAUUGCGCAUCCUGGAAUUUGACGAUGAGAUAAUCCGGUCCCAACUCGUCAUCAACAGCCAGAUAGAGAAGGUGAUCCUGGUCCAGGAGCGCGUCGAGGCCGAACGGCUCAUGAUCGAUAGCGGCCCGCCCCACAACGUCAUGGCCUGCCUCUGCUUCCACGAUGGCAAGGGGAAACGAGGCCAAGGCCUGCGAAUGACGAACCGAAACGGGACCAUUGGCACUAGUCCGAUCGUGACCGGCAUGCUUCGACCCCGAAUGCAGUCGGACUCGGCCCGGCAGCUGGUGCUGCAAAAGGAGAACCUCAAGCACCUCGGCCUCGAGCUGAGGGAGAUCAACGGCGAGGAGCGAGUGGCGGGACAGACGGUCCAGAGGUGCCAGGAGGAACUGAGCGAUCACACCAAGCAGCAAGCGGCGCUGAUGAACCAGCUCCGGCGAACGCAGGCCGAUGUUGAACGCAUACAGAUGGAGCUUGACGCCUUUGAAGGCGUCGACAGCCGCCUGGUCGCCCUUCGAGCCGAGGUGGGGGCCAAGAAAGCCGAGGAAUCGCAGCUUGGCAACCAGUACGGCAACAUGAGGCUGGAGAAGCGCGAGCUGAGUACCAAGUCGGAGGAGGCCAAGCGGAAGCUCGACGCCGAGCGGGCUGAACAGCACGCCUUUCAUGCCGUGAUCAGCAAAGCAGACGAGAAGAUCCAAAGCCGGGAGUCGAUGAGGCGCAUCGCCGUGUCGAAAAAGAACGACGUCCACGAAAGGCUCGGCAUCGAGAUGGCGGAGCGGCGACGAGCCGAAGCGAAGACCAAGGAGAAGGCGGACGAGGUCGAGGACUUCAUUCGCCAGGCCGAGGCAGUGGCUCCGGGCCGCGUUCACAUCCCGGAAGGGGAAGAUUACAAGAGCAUCGAGAAGAAGUACGAGCGAAUCGGGGAGCAGCUGGCUCAGCGGGAGGCCAGGCUCGGGGCGACCGAUCAGCAGAUCUACGACCGCGCGAACGACGCGAGAACGAAGUACGACGAUGUGAUGCAGCAAACGCGCGAUCUCGACGAGACGAUAGCAUCGUUGAAGCGAGCAAUCGGCCAUCGGUUGCAUCUCUGGCGACAGUUCCAACGACAGAUCAGCGCUCGGAUCCGGAUUCAGUUCAACUACCUCCUGAGCGAGCGUGGUUUCCGAGGCAAAAUCGACCUGGAUCAUGUGUCGAGGAAGGUCAUCGUCCACAUCGAACCGGACGAGACGAAGAAGAGCUCGACGGGGCGCAACACCAAGACGCUCUCCGGUGGCGAGAAGUCGUUUUCCUCCAUCUGCAUGUUGCUGUCGGUGUGGGAGGCCAUCGGCUCGCCCAUACGUUGCCUCGACGAGUUUGAUGUUUUCAUGGACAACGUGAACCGGGCGAUCAGCACAAACAUGCUGGUGGACGCCGCUCGGCGGUCGGUCUCGAGGCAGUACAUUCUCAUCACCCCCAAUGCCAUCGAGGGACGAGCCAAGAUCGACAAGGACGUCAGGAUUAUUCGCCUCACGGACCCUCGUCAGCGGACGCUGGUGUGA